AUGGCAGCUCCACUUAACCUGGAAGAAGGACCUGAUGAGUACAACAGAGUGUCAGCCUUUGAGUCUGCUAAGGAAAUUUGGGAUUGCUUGAAGACUGCACAUGAAGGAACUGAGCAAGUCAAAGAAUCUAAGAUUGACAUGCUUACCUCACGAUAUGAGAACUUUAAGAUGAAGGAAGGAGAAACAAUACAUGACAUGUUCACCAAGUUUUCUUCCAUUACAAAUGAACUGCGGAGUCUGGGUGAAUCUAUAAGCAUGAACAAACAAGUCAGGAAAGUGCUUCGAAUUCUUCCAAAGUCUUGGGAGAGCAAAGUUGAUUCCAUUACAGAAGCCAAGGACUUGAAGGUGCUGACUAUGGAUGCUUUGAUUGGUCAUCUGAAAACACAUGAGAUGAAUCGAAACUAUGACUUGUCAAAGAAGGAAGCCAAGAAGGACAAAUCAUUGAUGCUGAAGUAUAAAUCAGAUGAAGAUUCAAGUGAUGAUGAUGAUAUGUGUGGAAAAUCUGGGCACUUCAUCAGAGAUUGUCCUUUGCUCAAGAAUGAAAACAAGGAACAUCAAAAACACAGGAGUGACAAAGAAAAUAGAAGGAACCUGGUACCUGGUAACAGAGAUCGUAAAGCUGCUGCUGAUAUGGUUAUAAAAAGGGCUCUUGCUGCUUGGGGGAUUCUUCAAGUGAUUCAGAAGAUUCUGAUGAGCCAAAAGAUGUAUCUAUGGUUGCUGUGCAUGAGGAGGAAACUGUCUUCAAUGAAAUUCAUGCUAGAUUCUGUGAUAGAGUUAACAUCUGAAAGAGAUACCAUGAAUGCUGAACUUGAAAUUUUAACUGAAAACAAAGUUCAAUUUGAAGAGACUAUGUCAAGAAUGGUGUCUCUAGAGUCAAAUAACUCUGAAUUUAAGAACCAAUUGUAUCAGAUUACUGAAGAAGCUGAAAAACUGAAUGGAAAGUCAAAUAGUUUGCAAGCUGAAAUUCAAGAAAAAUUGAAAAACUCUGAGACAAAUUUUAGUCUGUCAAUUGAAAAGAGUAACAAAUUAGAACAAGAUAUUGUGAAACUUAAGGAAGAACUUGAAAAAUCUCUUAAGUGGACCAAAUCCUCAAAGUUGCUGUCAAAUGCGACAAAUCAGAGAAAUGAGGUCAAGUUUACUUCUGAGAAAUGCACUGUGGUGAGUUUAACUACAAACAAAGUAAUUCUCACUGCACACAGAAGUAAAAAUAUGUAUGUGGAAAACUUGGAAAUCUCUCAUGGAGAUGACUUAACAUGUCUUAGUGCUCAAAAUGAAAAUGUUGAUCUCUGGCAUCGUAGGCUGGGACAUGUGAGUUCAUCUUUAUUGAACAAGUUGAUUUCUAAGGACCUGGUCCGAGGUUUGCCCAAAAUGAAGUUUGCUGAAAAUAAAAUAUGUGAAGCUUGUGUUAAAGGAAAGCAAAUCAGAUCAUCAUUUAAGCCCAAGAAUCAGGUAACAUCAUCAAGAACCUUAGAGCUGCUUCAUAUGGACCUUUGUGGACCCUUGAAGGUUCAAAGCAGAAAUGGUAAGAAGUACAUUUUGGUAAUUGUUGAUGACUAUUCAAGAUACACCUGGACGAGAUUCUUGAGAUCAAAGGCAGAUACAACUGAUGAGCUGGUGGUGUCUAAUAAGAGCUGUGCUGAAUAA